GUCUGAUUUACGUAUUACUCGAAUAAGUCCGAGUCACCUGCUGCUUCAACCAUGCCGGUGCGAUACUACGCCGUGCGCAUUGGCCGCGAAGGCCCAAAGAUUUAUUCGAACUACUGCGAUUUCCGGAGUGCAACCCUUGGCCUUAGCGGUGCUAGUGGGAAGGGGUUCGACACUUUGGAGGAAGCAGAAGGUUGGCUCAGAGGCGUGCCUACUGGUACAUCUGGUGCGUCUGUAACUCGAACAACUAUUACGUUGGAUGUAAGGUUUGAAGACCAUCAUUCAGCCUUAACGUCUACAAGCACGACGGUUUCUAUUGAAUGUGCAAGACACUAUCCAGAACCUCAACCGGGUUAUCGUCGGAUAGAGGAUCAAUCACCCUUGAAUAUGCUGCAGAACCUGAAAUCCCCCCGCCGCUUCCCCCACAGCCAGCAAUUGCGCUUUCUGAAGAGCAGCAACGAGUUCUUCGACUGGUUGAAAGUGGUAAAAAUAUUUUUUUCACAGGUCCGGCCGGAACCGGGAAAUCAGUUCUUUUGAGAGCUAUUAUAGGAUUGCUGCAACAUAAAGGCGGGGUUGCUAUCACCGCACCCACAGGCAUAGCAGGUGUAAAUAUUGGUGGUUCAACCAUUCACUCCUGGGCAGGCAUAGGGUUGGGCAAGGAACCCGUUGAGGAGUUAGUGGAAAUACUAAGUUCGUAUGCGA